CGCCGUACCCCGCCACUCCUCUCCCUCCCCUCCCCUCCCCUCCCCUCGGCUGCCGCAGCCCCGCGCGCGCGUCAGCGUGGGUUCCCCGGAGCGAGUCGCUAGGUAACCGGGCCGGCCGCGCAGCCCCGCAGCUGGGGAACCCCGCGCGCGCGGCGGCGUCAGCGGCCGGGGGGCGCACGACCCACCCGCAUCGGGGCCUGCGGAGCCCGGCUGGCCGGCAGCUCCCGCCCGCUGGCUCGGUUUUGGAGCUGGCCGCCUCCCCGGAGGGGACCCCGACGCCUCCCGCUCCGUCCCCCACUCACCCCUGCGCAGCCCGUGCGCCCCCGGUCCUCCCGCCGAGCCCCGGGGCGCCGCCCGCCCGCCCAGCACCCGGCUGCGCCCACACCUCGCCAGCGGCCGACCGGGACAUGAACAUCGCGCACAGGGGCCAGCGCCCGGAGGCCAGCCCCAGCCGGCGGCGACCAGCGGGUCGGCGCUGCCCAGGAGAAUGAGGCAGGAGCCGGCCGUGGGCUCUUCCUCCUCCCCCUCCUCCUCUUCCUCCUCUUCCUCCUCCUCCUUCUCCUCCUCCUCCUCCUCUCCGCCUUCCUCCUGCUCCGGCGCCCCGGGCCCAGGCCCGGCUCGGCUCUGUGCCCCGCGCGCCCCCCGCCCGCCUCCGGAUGCGCUGCUCGGUUAGCCUGGGGAGGAAGAUAAAGACAUUUGCCACCAAGAUGGUGCUCACGAGUGGCAAUGAUGAAGAUAGAGGGGGCCAGGAGAAAGAGAGCAAAGAGGAGAGUGUCUUGGCGAUGCUGGGCAUUAUCGGGACCAUCCUGAACCUCGUCGUGAUCAUCUUUGUGUACAUAUACACCACUCUAUGAAUGGCCCCCAGGCAAUGGGAGGCCACUGUGUGGGUCGACCAGAAGCCCAACCCCGAGCCGGCGGGCUCACGUGGCCGCACACACAGGAACAGCUGCACCUUCGAACUUUGUCAAAGGGCCCAGAAAUAAGUCUCUCCUGCCGCCAGGAGCGAACCCUAAAGCACAAUGAAUCCCACGAAACUCAUUCACCCCUCGAGGAACUCUGCAUCCUUGGCCCGGGGCCCGGAAGAGCCCAGGGAAGCCCCGCCUCUGAAAACGUAUGGAGCGCACGGGUGCAGGA